AUGCGCACCGCGGCUCUACCUCUCCACCCCCCCCCUCGCGACUCCCCCCCCCCCACACUACCACCCACCGACCCCCCCCCGUACCUCCCCCACAUCCUCGACCCCUCCACCUCGUUCCCUCACUCCCUUUCCAUCCCCUUCCGCCCUACAAUAAAUCCCACCCUCUCCACCCCGACUUCCCCCCCCGCACCCCCGACCCAUCCACACCCACACCCCUUUCGGCUCACCCCACCCCCAUACCUGGGCCCAAACCCCUUCCACCCACCUCCUCCCCUAUCCUCCCCCCAGCCCACCUCCCACCCACCCCUUCACCACUCAUUAAAAUUAUUAGUACCCCCCCGAGAAACGCCAGGAGUCCUCGCAACACAACCCUCCUUCAGGCGUUCCCCACUCCCCAAAAAAAUAUACCAAUGCCCCCUACCCUGUACCCAGUCUAACUGCCACAACUACACCGAUUGA